AUGUCUCUGAAGGUUAUCCUCGUAGCGUGUGUGGCCGCAGUGGCUCUGGCCGAUAAGGCUCCUGUGCAUCAGCCACCUGUUUACGCCGCACCCACGUACCAUGCCCCUGCACCUGCAUAUCAUGCCCCACGACCUGCAUACCAUGCCCCCGCCCACUACGACCAUCAUGAAUACCCUACGCAUCAAAAUACAAAUGCAUCAGAGACAUACCCCGAGUACACCCCCACCUACAAGCCCGCUCCCUACCACGCUGCCCCUAAGUACCCCGUGUACUAA